AUGUUUACUCCAUCAAAGGCUAAUUAUAAUACAUCCAACAAUAAUAUGAAAAAUCCAUUGAGCUCUUUAUUGGGAACAGAUUUAAAUACUUGGCCAUAUGGUGAACAGACUUUACAUAAAGCAUUAGAAUUAAAAUGCUACCAAGAAGUUACAAAACAGCAAUUUUACAAACUAGAGUUAAUUAAAUCAGCAAUGCAAGCUAAUAUACCAGGUAAUUUAAUACCUCAAUUAUUUUCAAAUAAUACAGCAUUUCCAAUGCAAAUUGAUAUGGCUAAAUCUAAAGAUAAUAAUCUUAACAGCAUCAAUAAUAUAAAACAACCUAUACCAGGCACUAAUGUAGAAAAUGAAUCGAACAUUUUGAAAAACCAAAAAAUCAAAUUACAGACUUUUAAGUUCCCUCCUGAAUCUUCAAAAACACCUACAUCUUUAUAUACCAGCAAUUCAAUUCAUAGAUCCGCAAGCGUAGAGCAAACUGGUGCCAAAGAUAUAACCACUAUUGAUAAUAACUCAAUCCCAGAGCAUAAAAUUAAAACACAUAGAAGAACAAAUUCCCCAGCUAGGAUAGGUGCCAAAGCAGUGGAAGCAUUGAAUGGCGAUUCAGCCAAUUUCACAGAAGAGCAGGAAGAUGCCUAUAUGGGCCGUGACAAUGUCCAUGAUACCAAUAGCUAUACUAAUAGAAUAACAGGGUCCCCCAUUGAUAUGAAUUGUAAAACUACUAAUAUUAGAAACUUUUCUCCUUCUCAUAGGAGAAACCAAUCAUUGCCUGCAGUUUUAAAACCUUCUCCAUUUGCACCUGAAAUGAUGGUUUUUAGGCCUAAGUUUACUUAUAGUGGCACAAGAUCUACAUUAGUUGAAAAUAACACAUAUAAAGUUCGUAAAAAUCUAAACACUAACAACCCCAAUAAUAUAGCAACUAAAAGGGCUGUAUCCCAGAUAGAUCUAAAUCGAAUUGAACAGUAUAAUAAAACAAAUAAUCAUUUUGGGAAGAAGAUAAAAUUUAGACCGUUAAUCUUUAAAAACAAUAAGGUUUGUAAUAAUAUAACUCACAAUGGUAAUAAUUUAAAGAACAUUGCCAAGCCACCUGUCACAGAAAAUGACGAUGGUGAUGUUGGACACGAAUCUACUGAUGAUGAAUUUGAAAACAUGAGGGAAGAAAAGCUGAAGGAAGAAGUAUCUACUGGAUACAAAGAAAGCCCUGAUACCACUUUAGAUUAUGAAGAUGCAGAAGAAGAAGAAGAAGAAGAGGAGGAGGCUGAACAAGAAAAAAAUAAUAUGGUGGAUAAAGCGUAUGAAAAUGCAGAUGAUAGUGAAGAAAGGCAGCAAGAUGAAAUGGAAGAACCUUCUAUUCAUAUUAAUCAUUUAGAUCCUGGUGGAAACAAUUCUAUCUUUAACGCUUCUAGAACCAAUUUUGCUAACAAUGAUGGUUCCAGUCUGUUGAACGUUCCAAUGCAGGCAACUAGUCAUGUGAGAGGUCAUUGUAGAAAUAAUUCAACAAUAAUAUCUAUUUUGAACUGA